ACUGAGCAACUCGUGUCACGCAGUGCUUUGCGGGAGCGGUUAUAUUCCGAGUUGUCUCCCCUCAGAGCAAUUUCCUGCAGGUGGCGAGAAAAUCAACUAUGGCUGCGCCCAUGAACAACAUGCGGAUGAGCCUCGAAGAUUUGAUUAUACGCCUUUACGAUGUACAAGCUGUAAAAUUUGGAACGUUCAAAUUGAAGAGCGGUAUCGAAUCUCCCGUUUACAUCGAUUUGCGGGUGAUUGUGUCCUAUCCAGAAAUCCUGGUACGAGUGUCAGAAUACCUGUGGGAUGCCAGUCAGAACUGUCAGAACAACUUCAAGUCCCUGUGCGGAGUGCCAUACACAGCUUUGCCGCUCGCAACAUGUAUUGCAACAAAGCAUCACAUGCCCAUGCUGAUACGCAGAAAGGAAGCAAAGGAUUAUGGGACCAAGCGUAUGAUAGAAGGUCAUUAUGAGCCAGGCGAGCGCUGUCUGGUUGUCGAGGAUGUUGUCACCAGUGGAUCCAGUGUUCUGGAAACAGCACAGGCCUUGAAGACAGCUGACAUUGAUGUGCGUGAUGCCGUGGUGUUGCUGGACAGAGAGCAGGGCGGGGCCCAGAUGUUGAAGAGCGAGGGAAUACACCUGCACAGCGUGUGCACGUUGUCGAAGAUGUUGGAUGUGCUGCAGACCUCGGAGAGACUCUCGGGGCCUGAUAUUGAGAGAGUCCGAGAAUUCAUUGCUGAGAACAAGUUCAAUGCAAUGAGUGGCAUUAAGAGGAAUGGAUCUGGCGACACACACUGUUCGCACAAGAAGGCAAAGAAGGUUCACAACUACGCAGACAGGGCAUCGCUGUGCACCAACCCCAUCAGCAAGCAGCUGCUCCAGAUCAUGGAGGCUAAGAAAAGCAACCUGGCUGUGUCUGCCGACCUCACCAGCUGUGGCGAGGUCCUGGAGCUGGUGAACCGUGUGGGGCCGCAUGUGUGCCUUGUCAAGACCCAUGUAGACAUUCUGGAGGACUUCACACCCGAGUUUACCAAGCGACUGACAGAGCUAGCACAGAAACACAACUUCCUCAUCUUUGAGGACAGGAAGUUUGCUGACAUUGGCAGCACAGUAUUGAGCCAGUACACCGGAGGCAUGUACCGCAUUGCCGACUGGGCCAACAUCACUAACGCCCACUCCGUGCCAGGAGAGGGGGUCAUACAGGGACUCAAACAGGCUGGACUUAGCAAGAACAGAGCUUGUGUCUUAGUUGCAGAGAUGAGCUCAACUGGAAAUCUAGCAAAGGGAGACUACUCUUCAGCGACUGUGAAGAUGGCGGAGGAGCACAGUGAUUUUGUCAUUGGGUUUAUUUGUCAGUCUCGUCUCACAUCCGACCCAAGCCUUCUACACAUGACACCAGGUGUGCAGUUAACGGAAGGCCAGGACAGUCUGGGCCAGAACUACAUCACCCCCACAGAGGUGAUCACCAACCGCCAGUCGGACAUCAUCAUUGUAGGGCGUGGCAUCACCAAGGCAACGGACCCAGCAGAGGCUGCACGGCAGUACCAAGAAGCGGGAUAUCGCGCCUAUCUUGCACAGUUUGAAUGAGGAUACAUAUAGGAUAAAUACAUCGAGGGAGGCCACUGCAGACACCAGCUGCAGUGGGAGGGGAUGGAACCACUUUUGUCAGGCAUACUUGUAUUUCUUUUCCACUGACAAGUUCACGUCCUACAUUUCAUAUUGAGGUGAUUAUUAACCCAUUAUCAUCCCAGCAGCCAUCAUGUGACUUGUCAGGGGUGUAUCUAGACAGAAUGUGUAAGGUAGGUUUGGCGAAGAGACAGACAACUACAGCAGAAACCAAAGCCAAUCUUGUAUGCAUCAUCGUGGGUGUUUGUGCUGCUGCUGCUGCUGCUUCCAUUGUGACAACAUGGCGGGAACUACACCCUCUGCCACCGGUGACCCUCGGCUUCAGCACAGCCAUCUUACUGCGUCUUCUGGGGUAACAACACUGGGGUCGAUACGACAUCUUUGCCGCACAAGGUGCUUGUUCACUUCAUCUCCGCUGCACAACAAAUUUGAAUACACAGUGAUCACGUCACAUAAUGAAUUCCUCUUGGCAUUGAGCAGGCAGCUGGAGAAGAGCUAAGCCCUUGUACAUCAAUGUGUCAUAUCAAAGAUACCUUCGUGUCGUUACAUCCUAGGCGGUACCACCACCACUUGUUGACUCUGUCAUUUUGCUAUCAAUACCCAGAUAUGACUAUUGUUGCUGUGUUGAAAAUGUCACUGUCUGAAAAAGUUUAGUGUCUUUAAAUGUAAUUGUCCUGAUUGAAUUUCUACAUCAAUAGUUUUUGUACAAGUGAGAAUUGUUUCUCUGCAAGCUAUUGGAUGUUGGUGUGUUUGAUUUCACAGAUCUGAUGUUUUAGCGAAUGGAGUUCACCAAAAGUUCUUCUUCUCACAUGUCUUAUACUUAAUAAAGGAAUCCAUCGGUGGAUACAGACAAUGCUCAUGUUUAAUUGCCACUAAAUUACCCCUACUGUUAACAGUACAGUGUUUUACAUGCUUGAAGCGGCUCUUCUUUACACAUUUGUCCUGAAAACAAUUAUGGUUAGUUUUUUUCGCAGCUACUGUAAAUCUGAAAAGUACUUCAAAACUGACACACACUCAUGAUAGUUUCAUGAUGCAGGGUAACUAAACAAAAAACAUGGAGGCCCAUUUCAUUUACAUCGUCAACCAGCCAGUACAUUACUAAAUAAAUAAUCCCUCAUCCUUUUUCCUUAGUUAUGCAUUGUCACCAGUGUCAAGAGUCAGGAGAGUUCUCCAACCUGCCACAUCUCAAUUAGCUCAGAUAUCACCGAGUAGUCCAGAGAUACGCAAGCCUACUGGUAGAUGAACAUGCUCGUCCAACCUUCCUGUCAACUCUCACACAUGCAUCUAUAGUUUAUAAAAACACUGAGAUACCCUUUCAUCACACGGUUUCCUACACGUAAAAAAUAACACGUGCAAACGUAUAUUUGAUCUUUGGUCUCAUCAACAGGGGUCGCAAAACAUUUCAAACACAGUUAAGGCUUUUGUUGGCCACUAGCAAUAAUUUCAUGGCGCAAGAAUUUCCAGAUUUACAGUAUUCAUUUGCCAGGAAGCUAACCAGCAAUAUAUUUCCAGAUACAGUGAGUACAUUCCUGUUGUAGGCAGCUCGGUGAGUCCGUAUUGUUAAUUCCUCAUAGCACUGUUGGUAGUUGUCACUGUCUCACUUGAACUUCCAAACUAAUAUAUUUCCAUUGACUGGGUUUAUUGAAACCAGUUUAUCUACCGAAACAAGGGGAAUUCUUUUGUUCCAUGCUUAAAUCCUUUCUCCACAACCAAAGAUGAGAUUAUUUAGAUGUGCAUUGUUAAAAGUUUUUUCGUGAGUCGUAUGCCUCAAUUACAGCAGUGCGUGACGGUAUUACACUACAGAAUGUAUUCACCUGUUAGACUAUUCCUAGUAUACAAUAGAGAACAAGAGCUGUGUGAGUGUCUGCCAGACAGGUGUGAAAGUGUCCAAGUUAUCAGCCAAAGGAACACAUCACCUCAACAAUUCAUCCGAAGGCCAUCGUCCCGGGCCACAAGAAUACUACCAAAGUCCACAGCCGAAGACAAACUACCAUGUUACAUUCUGGAAAGUGCUCUUAAUGGUCAACAAAUGUUACUUCAAGUGAGACCCUUGGAGUGGAAGAGACCCUAGGUUCUGUAAAAUUAGGAGUCUCUGAAACCUUAGUCAUGAAGAUCAGGUUAUGCCCAAAUUUAUGACUUUAGAAAAGUGUAUUUGACGGUGCAGGUCCUUGUAAUGAUGUAGUACUGACAACUAACAAAGCCUUGUUUUGCUGGACGCUAUAGUGUGGUCAGUCUCUUCCUGAAGCAUGUGGAACUUGAACAUGUUGACACAGUUUAUACCAGGUCUCUUGUUCCAGGUAGGGAUGAAUAUAUAACUGUUCCUAGUGGGCAGGAAAUCUUUAAUGUCUAAUAAUAGUAAAGAAAGAUUCCUGGCUGCACACAGCAAGAAGUGAACAACCAACUGAGAAAGCUUUAGUCCCACAAGUGUCUUAGAGUUGAGAUGACUGCCGAAGGUCUCGUGGUCUCUGCUCCCUGGAUGUUGAAAGUCCCUCCGGCCUCUACUUUAGCAAACCCUGGACCAAUUCAGAGUAACAACCAUUAACUCAACCUGCUGCUGUACUGUGUCACAGAUGAUCUAUGAGCAGGGUAUUUAAGUAACUGUUGAACAAACUGUUGAACAGAUGCCAGCCUGUUUUCUAGGAUGAUACAACAACUCAUCCCUCCCUCCCUCCGAUAUAUAUCAAUGAUCAAAUUAUUCUAUAUUUUAAUUUUAAGCUCAGACUGUUCUAGUUGAAUGUAGAAAGAGAUAGAUUUGUGAUGUUAUGACUUUCCGUCACAGGAUUGAACCGUGACCUUGGGUCGGAUUGAUCUAGGUCAAGGUCAGCCAUGUUGUUAACCUUGAGUCUGCUGUGGCUGAAGGUCAAGGACAUGCUUGUUAUAUUGUGGAUGUUGAAUGUUCUGUGGAUGAUAGCGGCUGUGUUCAGAGUAAGUUCACUGGUCCACACUUGACUACUUAAUCACAGUACACUAAUUUCAGUACACACUUUAAGCAUAUGUCAAUGUUUUCAAUAUGAAACAGGUAACUUCUUUCAAUCAGUCCUACUAUUAUCUUAUGUACCACUGCACACUAACCUAGUCCUUCUCAAACUAAAGUGUACUGUUAGCUGUUUGUCAUUAUUAAAUUUGUUUUAGAUAAAAUCACUUUGAAACGAAUGAGAACAUUAAACAUUCUCAAACCCUUAAUGCAGGAAACAGGAAAUCUAUGUCUGUUCUAGUCUUAUCCCUGUUCUCCAUGAGCUUGUUCAGGGCCAGCAGAGAGACAAGACCACUUCGACCAAGCAUUUGAAAUGUAAACAAGGAAUGAGUGCUAUUUGUCAUGUUCACAGUUACCAAAUUGUUAAAGAAAAGGUAAUUAGUUUCUUACCAAGUAAUAGUCUGAAGGAAAUGAUAUAACAGCUGUUCAUAGUUCACAAACUCUCAAAGGCUGUAUUUUGUGUUUCAGUGCUGUGACAUGCGGUCACUGGUUCCACUUUUGUAAGCAGAAGCAUGACAACUGAUUGCUUAAGACAUGUUACAUUUCAACUGUGCAUUUUGUUGUUCACGAUCAAUGGUUAUGUUGGGAAAGUAGGGUUAUCUCCCUUUGAUUUCAUAGCAUAUGAAAGUUCUAUUAUAUCUGUACAGAACUUGUUUCUUGAAGCAGCAAUGUCUGAGUAGUAUUGCUGUAUAGAGAAAAGUAGUUUGCAAAACGACAUAUUUCAUUUUUAUGGUUUUGUAUCGACAUUAAUCUGCCUAAUUGUAAACAUUCAACAGGUCAUAGAAACAAGGGGAAUUAACUCUGUCUACUUUCAAGACAUUUCUCAAAUAAUUCCGGUUAAGGUGUGUCAAAUGGCACUGUUUUCAACUAUGUAAAUACCUGUAUUAGUUUUGUGUUUCAAGUCUCAUCAAACAUGCUAUCAUUUCACCAUUUUUAUUUUUUGUGUGUUUCGUGUAGAUAUUUAACUCCUAUAUCUGGUAACCAUGGUUACAGUCCUAAUCAUUUACACAUAGAGGCUAACCCUAGGGUUUGCAUAUGUCUUCAUUGCACACUGUAAACAAUCACAUUGACAGAAAUUAGUUCUUUUUUAAAUGAUAGAUGUUGAUCAAAAUAAUUGACUUUUUCUUUGAAAAUGAGUUUUGAAAAAUACUUGAUUCUAUUUGGAUCUGUCCACUGUCCACUGAUAACAAGGGCAUUGUGAUGAAGCUAUGUUGUGUUAUGGUAAUAUGCCCUAGCCAGGGCUCUGUAAGAAUGUACUACCUGCUGACAACUGCUGUUUUCACUAAGCUGAUGUAUUGGACUUCAAAUCAACAUAUGUAUAGAAAUAUGACUAUUUUGUUACCUUUUGCCCACAUUAAUUUUCAUGCUAUGUUUCCUUCUUGAGUGUUGUUUCUGCAGCCUGUAGAUGAUUUGACCUUAGAAUCAUUUGUCAUACAGAUUGUAUUUGUGUUCACAAGCACCUGGGCUCUCAAUCAGUGCCACUCAUGUUACUUGUUUUUCAUGUGAAUUGUUGCUGAAGGCAACUGUUGAACUGUCCUUUUCUUCGUUGAGGCACUUUGCAUUUGUUUAGGACAAAGGGGAAUAACUCCUGUAGUGUGUACAACAAACUGAUUUUGCAGAUUCUAAUGCUGUAGAUUUUAUUGCAAUUGGAAUUUCUGUCCAAUGAAGUAAGUAAGUCAAGGUCAUAUUGCAUUGUGUUUGUGAGGAAAACCACACUGGGUUGGUUAACUUGUAUAACAUCCUUUGUUCUGUUCUGGUUUUAGUAACAAAUUAAUGCAAUGAUACAAGAUCUGUUUUCGUAACCUUCAAGUACGUAAUGAGGUUAGAAGUUAAGAUUUGGCAGAGACAAGCAACCACAGUAUGUGUUGUUGGACCUUGCAGUGGUUAAAAAAAAUGGUAAAGAAUCAGUAAAAAAUCUGACCACAUUUAUAUGUCUCCUGAACAUUUUCCUAAAAAUAUUUUAUAAAUGAAAUGAUAAACAUUUGGUUGGGAAAAAGUCAAUUGAAGAAGAAAAAUAUAUUUUGAGGAAGAAACCCAUUUUGUGGGCAGGGUCAUUAGAUAUUCUGAAACUGAAAUGUGAAUACAAACUUGUCAAUCCCUCCUCAAAGACACUUUCUAGCUGUCGAUGUAGGACAGCUAUACUGAUAUGCAGAUGGCCAUUUUGUAUUGUUAUGAUCACUUAGAUCUAUGAUUCUAUGCAUGGCCAGAUAUGUUUCCAUUGUUACCGAGGCUCAAUUCUUCCUCCGCUGUAUGUAGUCUUGUGUCCACUGCAGGUUUUACCAGUAGCAAUGUUUUGGAGCAACGUUUUUUGUUACAGAUUUAUUUUGUAUGGUAAAUUUGUUAAAAACAUUAUGUAUUUUAGAUACGGUGGAUGAGUUGUCUGUGUUGGUUUUUUGUAUGUUAUGAAUUAUGAAACUUCAUAGAAGUGCUUUAGAGUUUCUAGACUUGAACUUUGUAUUUUGUAAAAGUUACUUAGAAAGUGAUUACUUCAGAUUACUAGUAGUAGACCCAAACAUGAUUGCUUCAUGCCAUGAACACAUGUUUAGGAUAUGUGAGAUGGUAUUGUAGGUAAGAAUAUAAGCAUGGGCAGAUCGCUGCAGGAGCACAGUGAGGGGUCCAGUCAUAUCACUGUGUUGUUACGUGGGUGGAGGGUUGAUGUGUUGGUGUGACAUGGGUGGGCCAUGGACCACCUGGUAACAAUCAUUGCUAACUGCUGGCUUAUCUUGGAAUGAUGUAGGUGUAGAGGGGUCUAGAGGGAUACAUUGACGACUCGACUAAUACUUUACAGAUUUUUGGAUUGGAUAUAGACCUGCAUGAAAAUUACAUAAACUGAUUAUUGUUAUUGUAAGAGAGUAUCAGUUGAUGUCAUAAACGACUUGCUGUACUGCGGUAAAUCUGUGAUGUGCGACCCCACUGUCUCCCAGCUGUCUCAGUCUGAGUCGCACGAGGGGAACACCUCACGUACAUGCCUUAGGAGGAGGUCAAACAGCUUCCUGACAUGAACACAAUGAAGCUGAUGCAUUUGGCUACGGACACAUACAGCCUGAAAUGAAGGUACCGCUCCAGGCUUGUAGCCUCCACCAGCCAAACAGUGGGGCUGGACUCUCCUCCCACUUCAGGAUAGCAAUAAACUGCACCUCUAUAUCUCCAGGGCUCGCAUGUCACUGCACUGCACUGCACUGCACUAACCUCAGGAUCCAUGCCUGAGGUUCUCCUGAUCUAAAAUUACCUGCCAUGUUGUUGAUAUCGCCCACUCUACAAUGAGACCGGUUUGAAACUUGUUUUCUAAUUGGUCUGAUAGACCAAGGAGCGUAGCCAAUCAGAUUGGCUAAUGGAAAUGAAGGGCAGGUAAUUGGAGAUCACGAGAGUGUAGGUUUACAGAAAUGCCCGCCCUGGAGAAGUAACGGAUGUAAGGACUAGAGAGGAUGCAGCAGCUCCUAUGCUUGUCUAUUUUCGAUGGAGAUGGAAGCUAGUUUGGAAUCACUGGGUCACACUUAGGUUGAUAGUCUGCACGUGGUUACUCUUAUUAUGUUUUGUUUAUGAAAUUGGUAUCAAAAGUUGCAGUUGAAUGAAUUACUUUUUGAUGAUGACUUUGUUUAUUGUUUUAUUAGACUUAUUGAAGUAGUUGAUGUGAAAUUUGUGUAAAUAUUCUUAUGUUAUUAUGUGACAAUUGUAGAUGGAAAGCUGUCUAACAUAUCUAUAUUGCUGUUUUGUAGGCCAUCAUAACAUUAAUGUUAUAUGUUGGAAAGGAACAAGUUAAAGCAUCAUUCAAAUUUUUAUCAAAAUAGUGUAACCAAUUGAAUAAGGGAAUUGUGCAUCUACUAACUUCAUGAGCAUUAAGCAUAUUAGCUGAAUCUGCCUCUACUCUGGCUGGGUGAAUAAUACUGGAAUUGUUUUGUUAUUGUGAGUUAAAAUUUUACGUUGCAUCUGCAUUAUUUCAGCCAUAUAGCGACGAGGUUUCAUCAGAGAUCCAUGCCCUCAUGUAGACUCAAAAUAAUAAUAGCAGUAAGGUUUGGAUGGCUGUACACUUUAUGGACAGUCAAGGGGUGUACCUUUCAGUUUCUGUUUGACUUGCUACUCUAUUGGAAACAGCAUACAUUAUUGGACUGGCUGUACACAUUGCAUCUGAUGAUCUCCUGUUUGUUACGUUGCAUCACUGGCUUGUGUGCUCCCGCCGCAGAUACAUACGGAUCAUAUCAGUUAUAUAUUUGAAGAGAUGUUCAUAUGUUCUAUAACUAUCUAUUUUCCACGCAGCACAAUCUGAAGAAAUCAUCAGGUACAUCAGAUGACAGUGCAGCACCAGCAUGGACAACCAUCGUGUGUUAUAGGUUUAUGUUAAGCAUGACCUAGGAUUGAGCCGAGAAGGUGUUUUUAGGGAUGAGGAGGCGUCAUGGUAUGUCAUGUGACAUUAUGUCCCAAGUGACAUGUCAAAGUGACAGGACAUGGAGAGCGACAUGGCAUCUGGUUAAGACAUGUGAUUGACAUGUCAUUGCAUUGUCAUUUCAAACUAUCAUUGCUUUGUUAUUUUAUCCUAGUGUCACGUGACUGAACUGUGACCCUUCUGUGGAAUUCUGUUGUUUUGGUGUCAGGCACGGUGUUGUCUAUGCUGUAGUGUUACAUCGUCUACAACUGUCAAUGGUUGCUCUCUACAUAAUGUUCCACAAUACCCAUGUCUCAUUGUAUCGUGUCUUAAGUGUAGAACAUCAUUUCCUGUAAGCACUUCAUGUGGAGUACAAAUUUGAAUGUUUCA